AUGGCGACUGAGAGCAAUGUUGAUGUGCUCAUCGUGGGCGCUGGCCCGGCCGGAAUGAUGAUGGCUACCUGGAUGGCACGGUGUGGAAUCAAGACGCGCAUUGUUGACAAACGCGGUACCAAGAUCUUCAACGGCCAGGCUGAUGGCCUGCAAUGCCGCACGCUCGAGAUCUUCGACUCGUUUGGUUUUGCCAACCGCGUAUGGAUCGAGUCCAACCACAUGAUUGAAAUCUGCUUCUGGAACCCCGACGAGUCUGGUAAGAUUGCUCGCAGUGGGCGCAUCCCAGACACUAUCCCGGGUAUCAGCCGCUUCCAGCAGGUCGUCCUCAACCAGGGCCGCAUCGAGCGGCUCUUCAUCGAUCAGAUUGAGCGUGAAAGCGACAUCCGCGUCGAGCGCGGCGUGCUGCCGACAGCGCUCAAGUUUGACGCAUCCCAGGCCGAAGACAGUUCGCCCGACAACUACCCCAUCACGGUGACGCUGCGCCACCUGACCGAAGAGGAGGCCACGCCCAAGCAGGUGGCAACGUCAACCAACGGCGUGGCAGUCAGUGACGGUCUGUUUCGCAGCAACCUGGCGGCGGACGACACGGCUGACUUAAUCAAAGCGGUCGAGCUCAACGCCAAGGCCGGCGCGGUCGAGACGGUGCGCGCCAAGUACAUGCUCGGUGCCGACGGCGCACACUCGUGGGUGCGGCGCGAGUUGGGCUUUGCGCUGGAGGGUGAGAGCACAGACUACAUCUGGGGUGUCCUGGACAUUGUCCCGAUCACGGACUUCCCGGACAUCCGCAUGCGCUGCGCGAUCCACUCGGCGGAGUCGGGCAGCGUUAUGGUCAUCCCGCGCGAGAACAAACUCGUGCGGCUGUACAUCCAAAUCACCACCACCGAAAAGAACACCGACGGCUCAUCGGCAGGCUCCCGUGCCGACCGGUCCAAGAUCACACCCGAGGUGAUCUUGCAGUCGGCCAACAAGAUUAUGGCGCCGUACACGCUGUCGUACCGUACGCUGGAUUGGUGGACGGCGUACCAGAUUGGACAGCGCGUGGGCACGCACUUCUCGGCCAACGAGCGUAUUUUCCUGGCGGGCGAUGCCGUGCAUACGCACUCGCCCAAGGCCGGCCAGGGCAUGAACGUCAGCAUGCAGGACACCUUCAACCUCGGCUGGAAGAUUGCUAGCGUGCUCAAGGGCACGGCUGACCGGUCGAUCCUCAAAUCGUACGAGGACGAGCGCAGCCUCAUCGCGCACGACCUGAUCAAAUUCGACCAUAAGUUCUCGCGGCUGUUUUCGGGCCGGCCGGCCAAGGAUGUCAUGGACGAGGAAGGCAUCAGCAUGUCUGAGUUCAAGGAGGCAUUUGCCAAGGGCAACAUGUUUGCCAGCGGCAUUGCUGUCGACUACGGCGCCAGCUGCAUUGUGGCCAAGGCGCCCGAGGCGGCGGCGACGAAUGGUGCCAAGGGUGUCAAUGGUGUUAAUGGUGUCAAUGGUGUUAAUGGUGUCAAUGGUGUCAACGGUGUCAAUGGUGUCAACGGUGUCAACGGUGUCACGAAGAAGCCUGUGGUGAGCCGCCAGGAGCUGGCGACCGAGGUCAAGGUAGGGAUGCGCAUGCCCAGUUUCAAAGUACUGAACCAGUCGGACGGCCGGCCCUGGCACUUCCAGGAGCGCCUGCGCAGCAACGGCACUUGGCGCGUGGUGUUCUUCCCGGGUGACCUGACGAUUCCGGACCGCCGCGCGGAUCUCGAGGUCAUUGGAAAGCGGCUCGCACAACCUACGUCGUUCCUCAAGCGCUUCACGCCCAAGGACGGCCGCUACGACUCGGUGAUUGAGCUGCUCACGGUGCACUCGGGCCACCGCGAAGAGGUGAGCAUCUUCGACUUCCCAGAAGUCCUGCGGCCGUUACACGAGGUCGACGGCUGGGACUACAACAAGAUCUUUGUGGACGGCCAGUCGUACCACGAGGGCCAUGGCGACGCGUACAAGAACUACGGCAUCGACCCUGGAGUGGGUGCGGCUGUUGUGAUCCGGCCAGACCAGUACGUGUCGUACGUGGGUGCGGUAAAUGACUACACUUCGCUUGACCGGUUCUUCUCUGGCUUCAUGCUGGAACAGAAGUAG